AUGGUUUCGAGAAUUUUGUGUCUCGCGAUGGUUGUGGCGGUUGCCAGCAGUGCAACGUGGCGUGGGAAGUUACCACCUAAACCAGUACAUCUUGCACACAAAGAAGGGUGCUACGUGAAAGAGAUUGGCGAUGUGAUAAAUUUUGGCGAAACAGUGUCUCCUGUGGGCUAUUGCUACAGGAUAGAAUGCGAGCGAAGCCAAGUACAUUAUGCUUCAUGUGGCGACAUAUCCUUCUCUGAUUCACCAAACUGCUACAUAACUGACAUAGACCUGAGCAGAAGUUAUCCUGACUGCUGUCCAGAUAUCAAAUGUGAUUUCGACAAUAAUCUUAUUUAG